AAAAAAUUAAAAAAGUGCAACAACGAACAUUUUUAAACAACCAUAAACCACAGACAAUCUAUCGACCAUAGACCACCAAAAACCACAGAUUAGCCAUCUCUAAGACGCUUCAUCGUUUCUAUACAAUGGGUUGUAAGCUAUCUGCAUUAGCAUCAUCAGAGUUCCAUUCGGACCCGUUCCACCGACCACCACCGCCCUCAGAUCCGCGGUCACCUUUGACAACCAAGCAACAGUACUGCAUGCUCGCUUCGUGGAAGGGAAUAUACAGACAGAUUGAAAGGACCGGCAUCAUCUUGUUUGUCAAAUUGUUCGAAGAGAACGAAGACCUGCUGCACCUCUUCGAGAAAUUCCGGGAGCUUCGUACGAAGGAAGCUAUCGUGAGUUCUGCAGAACUGGCUGAACAUGCGACCCAGGUGAUGCAUACCCUGGAUGAAGGGAUAAAGGGCCUGGGUGAUAUGGACUCGUUCUUCGCGUAUGUGAGACACGUGGGUAGUACGCACCGACAGGUCCCUGGGUUUAAAGCUGAGAAUUUUAUGAAAAUAGAGCAGCCAUUCCUGGAAGCAGCAAAAACAACGCUUGGCGAUAGAUAUACACCAAACAUCGAAAAUAUCUACAAACUGACCAUCCGAUUUAUCCUGGAAAAUCUGGUGAAGGGUUACGAAGACGCCGCCCCUGUGAACACAAGUGAAACUUGAUUUGGUCGGAUUAUAGCGCUCUAGAUGUAAGGCAUAGAAUACCUAGGUUAGAUCUUUCACUCCUCUGCUAAAUGUAAUUUUGUCAAAUAAAUUAUGUUUGUCAUAAGUGUCAUUUUGCAAGCAAUUUUU